UUGGUCUCCAGCCAUCGUCGCCAACGGUCACGCGCAACAGAUACCGGACUUAAAGCCGCGAUUUGAGCGACUCCUCCUCAAGGAUUUUAAUUUUUUUUGUAAACAUGUUUGCCACAACAUACUGGAAGUUGGCCAUUAGCCUGGGCGUUAUCUUCGCUGUUUUGGUGGCACCAGGCUCCGGGGCCUAUACGCGAGAGAUUGUCAACGAUAAACUUCCGUUGCAGGAGAGACCUCCAUGGCUGCAGACAUGCAAGCGCUCCAAUCCGAACGAGAACAAGUGCUUCCGGCAGCUCUUCGAGGGAUGCUUUCCGGCUCUGGCCGCAGGCAUUCCCGAGAUCGGUGUUAAAAGCUUCGAACCCCUGAACAUUGAUCAGGUAUCUGUGUCAAAGGGCAGUGGCAAUCUGGUGCUUUCGGGGGGAUUCCAGAACCUUGUCAUCCGUGGGCCAUCCAAUGCGACUGUGCGGCGAGCUAGCUUGGAUCUGGAGCGACGGCUGCUUAACUUCGAGCUCGAGCUGCCAAGGCUUCGCAUCCGGGCCAAGUACAAUCUGAAGGGAAAUAUUCUGCUCCUGCCGCUGGUCGGUAAUGGAGAUGUGGCCAUGGCGCUGAAGAACGUACAUACCACUGUCUAUACAAGGAUCUCCCUUCGAAACGAGACCCGUACGGGUGAUGAGAUCAUCCACAUCGACGAAAUGAAGGUGGGCUUCGACGUGGGCGCCAUGCGAAUCCAUUUGAAGAAUCUCUUCAAUGGAAACGACAUCCUGGCGGCCUCGAUUAACUCGUUCCUCAAUCAGAACGGCAUCGAGGUCAUUGCCGAGCUACGGCCGGACUUGGAGCUGGGACUGGCUGACAUUUUCCACGGGUUGUGGAACAACGUCUUCUCCAAAAUGCCCACCAAGCUGUGGCUGGUUUAGAGAUCCCCAAGGAUC